AUGGAUGCUCAAGUCUCCAGUGGCCGCUCACCGUCAGCCAACGGUGCCGUUGAAGACUUGCCCGUCUGUAACUACCAAGUCUUCCUCAGUUUCAGAGGACUAGAUGUUCGCCAUAACUUCAUCGAAUGCUUCUACGAUCACCUCAUAGGCUCCGGGAUUGUGGCAUUUAGAGACCGUGAAGAGAUCAAUCCCGGUGAAAGGAUCAACAACAAGAUCGUGGAAGCCAUCAAGCGUUCCGACAUCUACAUCCCUGUCUUUUCCAAGGACUUCGCUUCCACCGCAGCUUGCCUGAUGGAAGUUGCCCAGAUGGUGGAGACGGAGAAACCCAUUCUUCCCAUUUUCUACGGCGUCAAGCCCUGCGUUGUUCAAUACCGGCAGGGGAUGUAUGGAACGGCCUUCAUCAAGCACGAGGGACGUAGGGAUGCCGAGACAAUCACAAAGUGGAAGAAUGCUCUGGCAAAUAUUGCUGGGAUUUUGGCAUUUGAAUUGGAGGAUGUGGACAUGGGAUAA